AUGAGGGUCGGUCUGCAAUACAUUAUGCUGCUUUAUCAGGUUCACCUACUCUACUCAGUUAUACUGUAUCUGAAUCUUCAAGUUAAAGCUGGUGAUGGUAGGCAAGUAGUUCAAUUUGCAGCUGAAGUUGGUGCUAUUGAUGUCAUAGAGUAUUUAGUAAAAGAUUGUGGAUGUGAUUUGGAUAGAGUGGGUGGAGUAUUCAACAGUAAUUUGUUUCAUCUUCCUACAUUGAAUGGUCAUUUUUCAUUUAUUAAAUACAUUAUUAAUAAUUAUCCACCACAUACUAGUCUAUUACAUUCUACUGAUAAUAAGGAUACUCUACCAAUUCAUUAUGCCUGUUUUUGUGGUGUAAUACAACUAGUAACAUUUCUAAUUGAUGUAAUGAAAUGUGAUGUCACUACUCAAGAUAAGAAUGGCAACACUUGUGUCACUUAUGCAUGUUUCUCUGGUAAUCUUGAUCUUUUAAAAUUAUUAAUAAAACAAUACAACCUUAAUCCUAAAAUAUUCAGCAUACCAUCAUCACCAGAAGUUGCAGUGUUAUCUGGACAUGUUCAUAUACUAGAAUGGCUCAGACAAGAGUAUCAUAUCAAUGUAGCCUCAUUUAAAAAUGGUAGCUUGCCAUUUUGGGCUGUACAAUUCAACCAAUUGUAUUGUUUAAAGCAUUUAUUGAACAAUUAUUCAUUUGAUAUUAAUGCCACUGAUCCUACUGAUGAUACUCAAUUUACACUCCUUCACAUAGCAUGUCAGAAAGGACAUGUUGCUAUAGUUCUCUACCUCACUAGUCUUCCUCAGUUGGAGGAGCAUCUGUUGGAUCUCACUGUUAAAGAUUACAAUGGAAUGGCUCCAGUUCAUGUAGCCUGUGAAGAAGGAUCAUUGAGUAUAGUCAAGUACAUUAUAGACCAUUCACCAUUAUCUCUUGAUAUGACCGACUCUUUUGGACGUACUCCACUACUUAUUGCAGCUUUCUCUAAGAGCCUUCCCAUCAUUCGUUACCUCAACAGUAAAAACUGCAACAUUUCUAUACUGGACGAUAAAGGGUUUAACAUAAUACACAUAUCAGCAAAGGGAGGGUCUUUGGAUAUAUUGAGGUUUUUCAUUGAUGGUCGUUACUGUAAUCCUGAUAUCACUGAUGCUUCUGGUCGUACUCCACUUUAUCUGUCAGCUCAAGAGGGUCACUUGGAAAUAGUAAAAUAUCUAUUGGAUAGUCCAAGCUACAAUAAACCACGUGUAGAAUUAGUAGACAUGCCAGAUAGCUAUGUUUGUGUACUUAUUUCUGCUCCACUUUUUAUUGAAAUGUGA